AUGUCUUUUUGGGAAGAUACAUUAAUCAUUCUUAUAACUCAGAUAUUUUUCUUCGUUGCCGGAUGGAUAUUCUUUGUAAAACAGCUAUUUCGUGAUUAUGAAGUGCACCACACUUUAGUUCAGUUGAUAUUCUCCGUCACUUUUGCUUUGAGUUGCACAAUGUUCGAACUAAUCAUAUUUGAAAUUAUAGGCUAUUUGGAUUCGAGUUCAAGAUAUUUCCAUUGGAAUAUGGGAUUGUAUUCAUUACUUUUCAUGGUGAUAGCCCUUAUACCAUUCUAUAUUGCUUACUUCUGCAUCAGCAAUAUUAGGUUUGUGUCACAAAACAUGAUCAGAACAUUGACUGUGCUGGUGUGGUUCAUAUACUUAUAUUUCUUCUGGAAAAUCGGUGACCCAUUUCCAAUAAUGAGCCCGAAGCAGGGCAUAUUCUCUAUAGAGCAAGGGGUGUCCCGUAUCGGUGUCAUAGGUGUGACAGUGAUGGCGCUACUCUCUGGUUUUGGUGCUGUCAAUUACCCAUACACAUCUAUGGCGAUAUUUAUUAGACCAGUGACACAAUCUGAUGUGCUCUCAGUAGAGAAGAAAUUGUUACAAACAAUGGACAUGAUAUUGGUGAAGAAGAAGAGGAUAGCGCUAGCCGAGGCCAACAGUGUGGGAGGGAGACAGAACUACAGUGUGAUGGACCAGUCUAACGCGAAGAAUAGAGGGUUUUGGACGAAUAUAUUGUCGAGUGUGGGCAGUAUAGCUAAUCCCCUCAGCCAUGGCACUGAAAAUAUAGCGCAACUCCGUCAAGAGAUCUCAGCAUUGGAAGAGUUGAGUCGCCAGCUAUUCCUAGAAGCACACGACGCGAGAAGCAUGAGAGAAAAGAUAGAAUGGUCGAAGACAUUUCAGGGGAAAUACUUUAACUUCUUGGGGUAUUUCUUCUCACUGUACUGCGUUUGGAAGAUUUUUAUUUGCACCAUCAACAUAGUAUUCGACCGCGUGGGGCGCAUAGACCCGGUGACGCGGGGCCUGGGGCUGGUGGUGCCGCGGUUGGGGCUGGCCAUAGACGUGGCAUUCUGGUCGCAGCACGUAUCCUUCGCGCUCGUAGGGUGUAUAGCGCUCACCAGUAUAAGGGGACUGCUGUUGACCUUGACUAAGUUUUUCUAUAAGAUCUCCUCAUCGAAAUCUUCAAACAUCAUAGUGCUCGUUCUCGCACAAAUAAUGGGUAUGUACUUCUGUUCUUCCGUCCUACUCAUGCGCAUGAAUAUGCCAGCGGAAUACAGAAUCAUUAUCACCCAAGUUUUGGGAGAUUUGCAAUUCAAUUUCUACCAUAGAUGGUUUGAUGUCAUAUUCUUAGUUAGCGCACUGACUAGUAUAUUUACUCUUUAUCUAGCUCAUAAGCAGCCUUCUGUAAGUUAA